AGUUAAGUUCUGUUCAAGCCAAACCUAUUGCAAAAAGUAAAAUUGUGUAAAUUGGUAUAAAUCAAUACAAAUCAUUAAAACUAAUACAAAGUGGAAUAUAUGAAUAAUGUUACAAUGCGAGGGAAUUCCAUUUAAAAUCACCUAAGGAAUAGCUCAAGUGGUUAGAGCUUCUCUCCCAAUUCCAAGAGAAUUUGGGAUCGAUUCUCAUCCCGCUUAUGUGGCUCUCUAAAUACCCAAAAAAAAAAAUAAAAAAAUCACCUACUAAACAGGCUGUGAGUAUCCAAUCAUUCGAGAACACAGUCAGUCGUAACGGGGUCGUUUAGUUGUCGUCUUCCACAUUUUCACAUCUGAGUAAUCUUAGCAGUAAUUGAUCAUCGUUGUCAUCCUCAAACAAUCACGAUAUACACUCUUCUUUCUUUCUUGUCUCAGCUUCAUCAAUCUAGUCAAACCCCCGAAAUGUUCUCCCCUUCUCAUCUCUCAUCAUUUUCCACCAACUUUUCUUCUUCUUCAACCUAAUUUCCCCCUUUUCCAGUCUCCAACAAUGGCUUCCAGUGAAGAACCCAGCAAAAGCUCCAAUCUUUAUGACACCCCAUCUUCCCCAACUCAACCCCUUCUCUCAAAACCCUACCUUUCAUCUCCAAUUGAAGAAUAUCACCCUCAACAACAACAAGCUUCACCUCAAUCUGAUUCCGAUCGUACCCAAUUCCUUCAAAUCGCCUACAAUUAUGGUCCUAGAACUUUCAAAGACUUACCUUUCCUCAUCCUCUUUCUUCUCUUCGCACUUUGCACUUUUGGGUUUGGUAUUUUCUCAAUUGUCCAUCAUAAUUCUAAUUUUUCUUCACUCUCUUCCUUCUCCUAUGACCCCACUUCAUCUUCUUGUGUCAAAACCCCCAUUUCUAAUCAUGGGUCUUUCCCCAAUUUUUAUGGGUUUUCUAAUUUUGAUGGGCUUUCUAAUUUAAGGUAUUCUAAUAGUAGUAGUUUUGUAAGAGGGUUGAUUUGGGUACUUGUGAUUACUUUUGUAUUGAGUUUGCCAAUUGUAUGGGGUGUGUUGUUGUUGCUUAAGCAUUACACUAAGCAGCUUGUUUAUGUUUCACUUCCUUUCUUUAUUGUAAUUCCAAUUGGUGUAAAUGUGUACUGGUUUGUUGCUUGCACUAUUAGCUCCUCGUGUAGCGAUGCAUUGCCUCUUGCAUAUAGGAUACUGGUGUUGUUGUUUGUCUUUUUGGUGAUUGGGGUUAUUGUGUGGAUUUUCGUGAUCAAUUGGCAUCGAAUCGAGUUGACUAUUAACAUAAUUGGUAUUGCAUCUGAUGCACUGUCGAGGAAUUUGGGAUUGUUUGGUGUUGUUCCAUGUUUGAAACUUGGGUUGCUAGCUUAUUAUGUGCCAAUUGUCGUAUUCUUGGUGUUCGCAAGGUAUAAUGGGAAGAUUGUGCCUCGCGAAUCCAAGGGAGACUAUCAUUGUGCUUGGAAGCAGGAUAGUUGGGUGGGAGCUUAUUAUGCAUUGGCUAUAUUGACUAUGUUGUGGUCGGCGACUGUGAUGUUGGAAACUAAGGCUUAUGUGGUUAGUGGAACUGUUGCUCAGUGGUAUUUCUCCAAGGAUGAUUCAACCCCAAAACGAAAAAUCAGAAGUUCGUUGAGAAAUGCAUUUGGCCCUUCCGCUGGAACUAUAUGCUUCUCCGGCUUAAUAAUGUUUAUUGUCCGCUUGGUGCGUGCUGCGGUUGAUAGUGCAAGACAAGAAGAGGCUACUGGAAUUGUGAAUGUUGUCCUUCGGUGCUGCGUCAAAGUUUUCAUGGCAGCUGUAGAUUUUCUUAACAAAUUCACCAUAAACUUUGCUGCUAUUACGGGUGAAGCUUAUUGUACAUCUGCAAGGAUGACAUAUGAACUUUUGAAACGUAAUCUUCUAUCAGCUGUUUUUGUGGAGACAAUUUCUGCACGUUUACUGGGUGGGAUAAUUUUCGUCCUUUCAGCAGUAUAUGCUGUUGUGGUCUGUGCUAUUCUAAAUGGUGUAACAAGUCUUGGAGUGUAUUCAUACUACAUUUCCCUCCUGGCUUGGUUGCUGCUCAUAGUGAUGCUCGGUUUCUUUGUGCACCUGCUCGAUGAUGUGAUUGACACAAUAUAUGUAUGCUAUGCCAUUGACCGAGACAGAGCAGAGGUUAAUAAGCCUGAAGUCCAUAAUGUUUAUGUGCAGCUUCCUAUAAGCCGGAGUAUCCGAACACCUCCACUCAACGUGUAAAUUAUCAUACUCCAAUUUCUUUUUGUUUUUUUUGUUCUGGUGUGGUUUGAUUUCAUCUCUGUAUUCUGUAAUUCUAAUUUGUUAUCCCACUCUGUAAUACUUGGUGGGUUGUGUAUAUCCUCUGUUCAUUUGUAGAAUUGAGUUUUCUAACAAUAAAUUGAAUAAUUGAAGAGGUAAUCUUCAAAGAAGUAUGAGAAGAGUUAAUUAGUUGUACAACUUUGCUACAUUUUAUUGGCUCUCCUAAUGUUUUCCAUUUCAGUUGUGAGAGUUAAUGAUAUCUAAACCAUAUUCUGAUA